UGAGCCACUUCCUGUUCUCAGUCCCUGCGUCCUGAUCACCGAGGUUUCUGUUGCUCUGAUAUCUGAUAUUGAUUAUAUUGGUAAACAGGCUGUAGCAUAAACAUCAGACUAACUCCACCCUGACAUCAAGAAGAUGGAGGAAGAGGAUGGAGCAGGAUCUGCAGCAUCCAGCUGUGUGUCUGUGAGGAAAGACCGGUCCAAAGGAAAAACUCCAGACUUCAGUAAUGAACCUGCAGCAACAAUGUGAAGGUAGAAAGUGUGUGUGAGCUGAUGUGAAUUGAGCAGCAUGGAUCAGUGUGAGGACAGAGAGGAGGGAGUCCCUCCCUCUAAAAGCACUCUGUGUGGGGAACAUGAGAGCCAGACCAAAGCUCAGAGGAACCAGCUUGGACCUCCACCCAGCUCUGUGUCCUGUAAGAGUGACUGGUCUAAAGAUUUGCCCAUUGAGUUUAAAGUCUCUGCUGCAGAGAGAGGUCAGAGGUCACAGUCUGCAGGAUCCAGCUGUCCGUCUAUAAGGAGUGACUGGUCCAAAGAUAAACCUCCAUACUUCAGUGGUGAACCUGGACCAACGAGAGAGAGGAAGAGGAAGAGGAGUGGUGUUUGUGAGGAGGAGCAGCUCUCCUGCUGUGCUUUGUGUCAGGACGUCCUGAAGGAUCCAGUCUCUACCAGCUGUGGGCACUGGUUCUGCAGACAGUGCAUCUCCUCAUACUGGGACCAGUCUGCUUCAUCAGGAGACUCCUCCUGUCCCCAGUGUGGAGAAAGAUCCAGAAGCAGAGCUGGACUGCAGACAGCCAGUCAGAGCAGCUGUGUACAAACAGAUGUUGGUCUGCAGGAGGUUUUAGAUGAACAUAAGAUCAGUCUGAGGAGGAGAUGUGAAUGUGUGACUGAAGGAAGUGAUGAAACAGGAAGUAGAACCCUCCUCAACAGGAUCUACACUGAGCUCUACAUCACAGAGGGACAGAGUGAAGAGGUUCAUACCCAACAUGAGGUGAGGCAGCUGGAGACAGCUUCCAAGAUGGACGCCCUCCAUGACGCUCCAAUCAGGUGCCAGGACAUCUUUAAAGCCUUACCUGAUCAACAGAGACCCAUCAGAGUGGUUCUGACCAACGGCGUGGCUGGUGUUGGAAAAACCUUCUCAGUGCAGAAGUUCACUCUGGACUGGGCAGAGGGCUUGGAGAACCAACAUGUCAGUGUGGUGGUUCUGCUUUCAUUCAGGGAGCUGAACCUGAUCAGAGAUGAGCAGUACAGUCUUCUGGAGCUGCUCCAUGUUUUCCAUCCAACAUUACAGAAGGUCACAGCAGAGAAGCUGGCUGUCUCUCAGCUUUUGUUCAUCUUUGACGGCCUGGAUGAAAGCAGACUUUCAUUGGAUUUCACCAACAGGAAGCUGCUGUCUGAUGUCACACAGAAGUCAUCAGUCAGCCAGCUGCUGACAAACCUCAUCCAGGGGAAUCUGCUUCCCUCGGCUCUCGUCUGGAUCACUUCCCGACCUGCAGCAGCCAAUCAGAUCCCUCCUACAUGUGUUGACAGGCUAACAGAAGUACGAGGCUUCACUGACGCCCAGAAGGAGGAGUACUUCAGGAGGAGAUUCAGUGAUGAAGAGCUGUCCAGCAGAAUCAUCUCCCACAUGAAGACAUCCAGGAGCCUCCACAUCAUGUGCAGAAUCCCAGUCUUCUGCUGGAUCACUGCUACAGUUCUGGAGCACAUGUUGACUACAGAGCAGAGAGGAGAGCUGCCCAAGACCCUGACUGACAUGUACUCACACUUCCUGCUGGUUCAGACAAAGAGGAAGAAGAACAAGUAUCAUGAGGGACAUGAGACGAGUCCACAGGAGCUGACGGAGGCUGACAGGGAAGUUCUUCUGAAGCUGGGGAGGCUGGCGUUUGAACAUCUGGAGAAAGGAAACAUCAUGUUCUACCAAGAAGACCUGGAGCAGUGUGGUCUGGAUGUGACAGAGGCCUCGGUGUACUCAGGAGUUUGUACAGAGAUCUUCAAAAGAGAGUGUGUGAUCUUCCAGAAACCAGUCUACUGCUUUGUUCAUCUGAGCAUUCAGGAGUUUCUGGCUGCAGUCUACAUGUUCCACUGUCACACCAACAGGAAGACAGAGGUGUUGGAGGACUUCCUUAAACCAAAAUCUUUGACCCAGAUGUUUUCCAGUGUUUUUGAUAACAAAGAUCUCCAAUCACUUGAUGUAUUUCUGAGGAGAGCCAUGGAGAAUUCCCUCCACAGUAAAAAUGGCCACCUGGACCUGUUUGUUCGCUUCCUUCAUGGCCUCUGUCUGGAGUCCAACCAGAGACUCUUAGUAGGUCUGCUGGGUCAGACAGAGAUCAGUCCAGGAGCCAUCCAGAGAGUCAUCAACAACCUGAAGGAGAUGAACAGUGAUAAAAUCUCUCCUGACAGAAGCAUCAACAUCUUCCACUGUCUGAUGGAGAUGAACGACCUCUCAGUACAUCAGGAGAUCCAAGAGUUCCUGAAGUCAGAGAACAGAUCAGAGAAGGAACUCUCUGAGAUCCAGUGCUCAGCUCUGGCCUUCAUGCUGCAGAUGUCAGAGGAGGUUCUGGAUGAGUUGGACCUGCAGAAGUACAAAACAUCAAAGCGGGGACGACUGAGACUGAUUCCAGCUGUGAGGAACUGCAGAAAGGCUGGACUGACUUGGUGUGGACUCUCAGAGUCUCACUGUGAAGUUGUGGCCUCAGCUCUGAAGUCCAACCCCUCCCAUCUGACAGAGCUGAACAUGAGUGGAAAUGAUGACCUCAAGGAUUCAGCAGUGAAGCUUGUGUGUGCUGGACUGGAGAGUCCAAACUGUCGACUGGAGACUCUGAGAUUGGAGGACUGUGAUUUGUCAAAGAUCAGCUGUGAUUAUCUGGCAGCAGCGCUGAAGUCCAACCCCUCCCAUCUGAGAGAGCUGGACCUGAGUAACAACAACAAGCUGCAGGUUUCAGGAGUGAAGUAUCUGUGUGGUUUCCUGGAGAGUCCAGGAUGUGGACUUGAAACUCUGAGAUUGUGGAGCUGUGGUUUGUCAGAGAUCAGCUGUGAUUAUCUGGCAGCAGCACUGAAGUCCAACCCCUCCCAUCUGAGACAGCUGGACCUGAGCUCCAACAACAAGCUGCAGGAUUCAGGAGUGAAGCAUCUGUGUGGUUUCCUGGAGAGUCCAGGAUGUGGACUUGAAACUCUGAGAUUGAUGGCCUGUGGUUUGUCAAAGAUCAGCUGUGAUUAUCUGGCAGCAGCACUGAAGUCCAACCCCUCCCAUCUGAGAGAGCUGGAGCUGAGAGGAAACAACCUGAAAUAUCCAGAUGUGAAGCAGCUGUCUGAUCCUCAGCAGAGUCCAGACUACAGACUGGAGACUCUGAGGUGGAGCUGAUGAUGGUAAACAGGACGGUGUGUGUGCUGAGAGAGGAGCAGCUGUGUCCUGAUGAUCCAGAGAGGUUGAAGCAGCAGCAGCUUGUGUGUAGAGACGCUCUGACUGGGCCAUGUUACUGGGAGGUGGAGAGGAGAGCUUCAUCCAGCAGUGACUGACAGAGGAAUGAAGUGCAGAUGACUGUCAGUGCUGCAGAGUGAACUGCUCUGAGAACAGCUCCACUGUCAGACACAAUGUAGAGUCCAGCAUCAUCCCUGUGUGUCCCUCUGGAUCUGACAGAGGAUCAUCAGUGUAUCUGGACUGCUCUGCUGCUGCUCUGUCCUUCUACAGUCUCUGCACAGUCUCUGUCUGACUCUGGCUUCAGACCCUCCUGGAUCAAACUCACCUGGAAAGACUUUCAAACAUCACUCAAUAGAUUUGAAUACAGAAUAGAUUUGAUAUAUACUGUAGAUGUACUGUAGAGUUGCAGUUUGUCACUUGUAAAUACAGUCUGUGAGCAGCUCUGAGCUGAAAGAUCUUUCUAGAAACACGAAAUGUUUUCACUCUUCUGUUGCUUUUUCAUAUAUUUCCACAACAUUAAUAUUGAUCCCACCUGUCUCACCUGUUUCAUGCUUUUAUACAUAAGAACAGGACACGUGUGAUCUGAGCGCUGCUGUGGUUGCUGUGCUGCACGUCUUCAUUUAGAUAACAGAGACAUCUAGUGGUUCAGAGGGAGAACUGCAGGAGGUGGAGCUGUGUUUUAGCAUGGAAAACUUUUUAUCUUUUAGGCGCAGAUACAAAUAUGACAAGUAUCAGUGUGAGAUACAAAAGGUCACAUCAGUCAGCAGAGGGAACAGUGAUCACACAGCAAUGUAAGAAUAGAAACAUAACAGUGAAUCUGGACAUGUGUACAGAUGGAAGCAAACAAACAGGAUGUAACACUACAUUAAAGCCACAAAUGGGAAGAAAACAAAGCCAAAGGAAAAUAUAUUUGAUCUCAGGAAUCCAAAUCAGAUGCUUUAGAGCAGGGGUCGGCAACCCUGGGCACGCGUGUCACAGCUGGCACGUGAAGGGUUAACUGAUGGCACGACCACAGCUGGACUGGCCAUCGGGCAUACCGAUGGUGAUUUUUCAUUUUUAAUGGGCCGAUGAUGUUUUUUUUGUAACGGUAUAAACAGUGAAAGGUGGCGGAUUGGCCGGAUGCUGGUCGGUGUGUAAAAACAAGUCAGUUGUUUGUUGGUGGCUAUGGCGGAGCUUCCACAGAGGCAACAGGUGUAUGAGGGAAAGGGGAGGCAGGAGGGAGAAGGGUCUGGCUGCAGCCACUGGGGAGCGCCAUAUUGGGACCUCCACACUAACCGGAAACAAGUGACCUCCACAGUAGGCAGAGAUACGAUCCUGCAUGGAUCAUCGGCGCUUUUUUUUUUAAAGAACUUUAUUUAACAAACAAUGAGUACAAAACAUACGAACAGAUGAACAAAAGAACAGAACAUGAACACAAAACCAGGGGUAAAAAAGAAAAAAGUAAUAAUUGUAUGAAUACACGCAAAAAUUCACAUAUAUAUAUAUUUUUUGACAGUCUUUUUGUUGGUGGAGUCUGA